CACGACAAAGACCUGACCCCGGCCGCCUUUUAGUCUUCACUAGUGCUCGAACACAUCAGUGCAUGAUGAUCUAGGUAGGUCAACUGCUCGGAGGGACCGCACAACCAAAAGGGAUCAUCAAAACUCCCAAGAACCAUCUCGCCCAAUUUCACUUCCACCCACCAUGUCCAUGUCCGUGCAGAUCCCCGUGGAUCGUCCUGUCUCCUCGCCACCUCCGGGCGCCGCCUGCGGCGACGUGGCCGAGGACGGGGCGCCGCCGCCCCCGGCCAGUGCCAGGCCCGUCCCCGUGCUUAUCUCGCCCAUCGUCGCCGUCCCCGCCGACGGCGCCGCCCCGGCUGGUUCUUCUGCUGCCGCCGCGCUGCCGCCGGCGUACACCGGCGUGCUGUACACGCACCACCACAAGUGGCCCGUGGUGGUCGACGACCCUGGCAAGAAGCGGGAGAAGUGGCUCAAGGAGAUGCGCGGCUGGCUCAUGGUGCUCGCCGUGCUCGCCGCCUCCGUCACCUACCAGGCCGGGCUCAACCCGCCCGGCGGCUUCUGGCAGCAGGACGACCCCCAGGGCAACGUCGCCGGCACGCCCGUGCUCCAGUCAAAGUUCCCCAAGCGGUACACGGUGUUCUUCUACUUCAACUCGACGGCGUUCGUGACGUCGGUGGUCAUCAUCGUCCUGCUCAUGAACGAGUCCUUCUACCACUCGGAGGCCAAGGUGGAGGCGCUGGAGAUCAUCGUGGUGCUCGACAUGGCUGGGCUCAUGGGCGCCUACAUCGCUGGCUGCACCCGCGAGGUCUCCUCCUCCAUCUACAUCAUCGUCCUCACCGUCGUCGUCUUCCUCUACGUCGUCUACACGGCGCAGUUCCUGCCCAAGCUCUGGGGCCUCGUCGUGCACGUGCCCUUCGUCCACAAGGCGGCCCAGGGAGGCGCGCUGCCCGUGCCGCACGACAUCCUCGACACGGCCAGGCCGCGGGCGGACAUCGGCCGGACCAAGUCGGCGCCGCCGCGGUCGGUAGGAUUGGUCGUCGGAGCAGAGGAGUGACCACGAUUUGCUCGUUGACUUUAGUUAGCACAAUUCCAUUCAAUCGUGCGGUUGUCGUCUUAAUUAUGAUGUGUACUACCUUCAUUUCUGAAAAGAUCGAGGUCUAAGAAGGGGAUUGAAUUGGGAUUUUUUCAAA